GCGCCCCGCGCCCCUGCGAGCCCCCGCCGGCGCCCGCGACCAUGGCCAACGCCGGGCUGCAGCUGCUCGGCUUCAUCCUGGGCGUCAUCGGCUGGAUCGCCUCCAUCGUCACCACCGCCCUGCCCCAGUGGAAGAUGUACACCUACGCCGGCGACAACAUUGUGACCGCCCAGUCCAUCUACGAGGGGCUGUGGAUGUCCUGCGUGUCGCAGAGCACCGGGCAGAUCCAGUGCAAAGUCUUCGACUCGCUGCUGAAUCUGAACAGCACUUUACAAGCCACCCGUGCCUUGAUGAUAAUUGGGAUCCUGCUGGGACUGAUAGCCAUCUUUGUGUCCACCAUGGGGAUGAAGUGUAUGAAGUGCUUGGAAGACGAUGAGGUACAGAAGAUGCGGAUGGCUGUCAUUGGAGGUGUUAUAUUUCUUAUUGCAGGUCUCGCUAUUCUAGUUGCCACAGCAUGGUACGGCAAUAGAAUUGUUCAACAAUUCUAUGACCCAAUGACCCCCGUCAAUGCCAGGUAUGAGUUUGGUCAGGCCCUCUUCAUUGGUUGGGCUGCUGCAGCUCUCUGCCUUCUGGGAGGUUUUCUACUUUGCUGCUGCUGUCCCCAAAAAGCAACCUCUUACCCAACGCCAAGGCCUUAUCCGAAACCCGUACCUUCCAGUGGGAAAGACUAUGUGUGACGGGGGCCACAGGAGACCACCCCCCUGGAACGAGGAGAGAAUGGACUUUGAAAUAUCGUCAUUGACCUUGAGAUCGUAGACUUUCCACUUGCAAUCCGAACUGUGGUAUUACAAAAGAAACCAUAUUUUUAUAAAUACCAAUUGCUAGAAAUAGCCUACUCCUAUUUUCCCUUCUUUCCUCAGGAUAAGAGGGAAGCCUUUUCCAUUUGUAUCAGUGCUUCCCGCUGAGCAAUCGCUCUCCAAUGGGAGGAAAUGAUGCUCCUUAAAUAUGUAUAGAUGUGUAUAUAUACAUGUUUUUCUAUAAAAAUUUAGUCAGAUCUGUUACUGUCAUUAUGUUGGUAUCAGCAUAUUUAAAAUAUUUCUAAAGUAGAAAAUAUAUAUGUAAUUCCCUUUUGAUUAAGAAGUUUAUUGGUAUAUUUUUUCUUCUCUCUCUACACAUAUCUAAUAUAGCAAAUAUCAUUUAAUCCCGUCCUAAGAUUUUGCUGUCUUCCCCAUAAGACCAAAAUUGUUUGCCAAGUAGUAAUUUCUGUUCAUCAUGUGUAACCUUUUUGUCUGCUUGUUUGAUUUUAAUUUCUGCCAUAACCUCAGAGCACUUGCUCAUUUCUUAUUUUUGCUUCUGGAAGUUGGUCUCUGACUCCUCAGUCUGAUAAUGCAUGCCAUAGCCUACAUUUUAAGACCAAAAGCCAGUGAGAAUUUCUUUAAAAAUCAGUGCAGUGAGCCGGUAUCUUCCCCAUGACCUGAUGAUAUUUUCUUGUUAAGAUUGCCACAUGUUCCUGUACUUUGACCAAAUGUACUCUUAUUUGCUUUGAAAAUAUUUGUUUCAUUGAGCAGCUGUGCCACUCACCUCAAUAUUGUGACACAGUUUUAUUGAUUGAAUUUUUUAAAGUAGUUAUUCACAGCUCCAUAGCACCUAAAAUAUUUAUUUCUUUGUCCUUUUUUGGCUGUAUUUUUUUCUCAGAUGGAAGUGCCAUAUAUUUUUUCCUUGCCCCAGCAAGGUGUGGUCUGUUUAUCUAAACAGAGUGCUAGACUUGCUGGAGUGAUAAUCUGAUGCCAAAUAUUCUCUCUGGAGCUGUGAUCAAGUCAUUUAAUCUUUCUGCCUCUUUUCCCAUCUGUUAAAUUGAAAUAAUUAUGCUUAACCAGCUGGUAGAAGUAAUGUGAGUAUUAAUUAGUUGAUAUGACUCUCAUUCCAUUAAUAUGAACUCCGCCUAAGUAGUGUUUGUCUUUGCUCAGCUGGCAGUUUUGCUGUCACUGAAUAAAACAUAAACACAUGACUUCACAUUGUCCCAUAUCUUUGGCUUUCCUGAGGUCCAUGGCCUUUCCUUUUGCUGUGCCUAGCAUGCUGUAGGUGUUCUGUUUCAUUUUCAUAACUGCUCUUCCUCUUGCAGUCUGUAGAAGAUGCUGGUUCAUUGGAGCAAGAUGAUACGAUAGAAAGGGUGUUGGUUUUGUUGUCUAGCGCACUGAGUUUGAAUCUAAUUAUUCUGAGGUUGGGCAAGGCACUUGGCUGCCCUAGAUAGACUACUUUGUCUGUAAAAGAAGAAAAGAAUAUAUCUAUAAUUCCAGAUCUGCCUAUGUCGCAGGAUCCAUGUGGCUUUUUAAAGUGAAAUAUGAAGGAAUGAAGGAAAUUAAGUGUAUAGGUUUGGGGUUACUUUUCAAAUGACUGAAAAGAGAUUAGUUUUAGAAACAGAGUUUCUUGUAUUAACCAACCUCCCAAGAAAUGAGACCCUAAAGUGAUAUUCAGCUCACUAGGUGAAAGGCAUUCUAAGGAAGUUCUAGUUUCUUCCAUCGGUAUGGACUGAUGUCCUUGUAGCUACGUAGAAAUAAUAGAGAAAGUAAAAGCCUAAGUGUUGGCAAAGCUAACAAUGUGGGAGAGCUUUUGAAGUCCAUCCUGUGAGGAGAUAUAUGGUGCUACCUGUUAAGCAUUACCUUCAGAAUAACCCUGCUAGGAUAACCGGAGAAAAGCACUUCAUGGUAAAUCCACAUGGAGAAAGUUGUGCAAAGAACUGUGCCUGGAAUAUUUGAAGCAGGUGAUCUUUACUGUGUCUUCCAAGCCUGACAGUACGCUUCUAGAAGUUAUCAUUCAAAGAGCCUUUUUCACAUAUACAGAUCCUAAUGGUGUGUAAGUAUAAAUGUAUAUGUGUAAACUCGAAACUAAUCUCCGGUCAAAAAGGAUCCAAUAGAAUUUUUCUGCCAAAAUGUAUCCAGUUUUGAUAUUUAUGUAGCCUACUACCGUGCCUUGAAAUGGACCAAUAGAUAUUGGGGAAGAGGGGUACUAGGAAUUUGUAUAAAGCAUUACUCUUUUUCAAUAAAUUUUUUUUUAAAUAAAAGAA